AUGGGCCAUGUGCUGCUGAUGGCAAUAUUGGCAGACUGGUGUGCGAAGGUUGAGGCCGCACUGAGCUCCGGUGGUGCGGCAGACAUGGAGAAAGUCUUGCCUCGUACCGUCGAGCAGCUGUCGUUCAUGGCGGGCAAGGUGAUCACGAAUGUGAGUAACGACGUGCGUCAGAAACUUGCACAGCUAAUCACUGAAGUCGUACACCAAAGAGAUGUGUCAAGGCAACUGAUCCAGGACAAAGUGUGCUCCCCCAAAGACUUCCAGUGGCUUCAGCUCAUGCGGAUGUACUGGAAUCCGAGCGAGCCCCAAAUCCUUCAGCGUUUGUCCAUUUGUAUGGCUGAUGCUACCUUCUUCUACGGCUUUGAGUACUUGGGCAUUGCAGACAAGCUGGUGCAAACACCUCUCACAGAUCGGUGCUUUUUGACCUUGACGCAAGCCCUUCAUAUGCGGCUGGGGGCCAAUCCCUUCGGGCCUGCGGGGACAGGCAAGACUGAAUCGGUGAAGGCUUUGGGCAACACAAUGGGUCGAUUUGUGCUUGUCUUCUGCUGCGACGAGGGCUUUGACUUUCAGGCCAUGGGCCGGAUCUUCGUGGGCCUCUGCCAAGUGGGCGCCUGGGGCUGCUUUGACGAGUUCAACCGCUUGGAGGAGCGCAUCCUGUCGGCGGUGUCCGAGCAAGUGCUGACCAUCCAAACCGGCAACAAACAAAACAAGAAGGAGAUCGAGAUCCUGGGGAAGCAG